AUGGCGACUGGACACGAAGCUGAAGACGCUAUUGGUCACUCUAAGAAUAGCGACAACAACGUGAUGAGCGUCAUCCGCCUGUAUUCAGGUCUUAAGAGUCUUCUGGCUGCUAUUGAUAUCGAUGCGCUCAAGACUCACCCAGCUGGUCAAGUAUUAGUGAUGGUUGAACCUACAGAUAAAGAGCAUGACAUCCACACACAGUUGCAGGCACUGGCAUCGUGCCUUGUUCACGCUAAGUUUUGUAUUGUCAUUGUAAAGUGUCUGCGGCCUUUCAUGCUGGAUCUGAUAAUGCGUCUUAUAGACCCAGUGCUCGUGCUGUUCGAGCAAGUGGAGGAGAAAUGGAAGGACAUUGAGUGUUCCGAUAGCAUGAAGAGAACCGCUCAGAAGCAGCAAAAUGCCGAGACGCUGCCGAGACUACGACGCAUUGCUCAGACGGCCUUUCAGCUUCUCCGAGUAAAACCUAUGGAGCUCAUGUCAAUGUGGAAUUGGACGUCGUUUUUUCCGCUCAGUUUCCACGACGAUACAUUGAGUGUUGGUGAGGAAGCUGCGUUGAGUGCCACCAGCUCCGCGGUGCGACAGAUUGAACUAGAGCAGCACUGCAAGGACUUGACACGACAAGAAGAAAUGAUUGAAGUGAGUUUAUAUCAGCAGCAGGAUGAAAGGGAUGGCGUAGAGUCACAAGCGUUGCCCUUUCAUAAGUCGCUAGUGAAUACUAUUGACGUUGUCGUUCUGACGAGCAACCUUCACGAGCAACGGUUUGGACUGACAGAUACUUCAGUAGCCACCAAAGUGUUGGUGCCCACGCCUUCGACCAAACGGAAUUUACGAUCACUCUCCAUUGCACUUGGUUUGAAAAAGCCGAUUCUAGUGACAGGCCCGGACGGAUGUGGCAAGACAGCUACGAUUCGUGAACCUGCUCGACUUUCUUGCAACGAUGACAUGAUCGAGCUGCAUGUGGACGACCAGAUUGAUAGCAAGACGCUACUUGGAUCGUAUGUGUGCACAGACGUCCCUGGCGAAUUUACGCGGCAACCUGGUGCGCUUACAACUGCCGUCCUUGCAAGACGAUGGGUGCUUAUUGAAGAUAUUGACCGGGCUCCAUUCGAGGUGCUUGCAAUGCUUAUGCCGCUACUUGAAAUGCGCGAAAUGGUGCUACCUGGUCGCGAUAGUGAGAUUGAGCAAAUUUUACUAACUCGUUUUGCGAAGAUACCGCGACAGGUUGUGUCAAGCAUCAUGACCACGUACAACGCGGUGUGUGGCAACACAAGCGAAGAGAUCAGUGGUCCUGCACAGCUGUGGAAGGAGACACGACGCAAUUACGGGCGUGCUUUUUGCUUGCGUGAUUUAUUGAAGUGGUGCAAACGAAUUUAUCGCUUCUGCUAUUGUGCUACAAGAGCUGCUAUCGAUAGCUUGCCCUCCAACUUGGAAUACAUAAGCGAGGAUGAGCGUAUGCGCGUUGUAGUGGAAGCACUUGACGUGUUCUGUGCAGGCAUUAGGGAAUCAAAGACGCGCUUGCUUUCCGCUUGCGCGCUAGCAGCCAUAUGGAAAGUGCGGCCCGACAAGAUUAAAUAUUAUCUGGAGCAGCACAAGCCUCAUGUUGCAUUUAGCAAACACGAAGUGGUGUUUGGUCGUGUACACUUGCCGACACUAUCACAGCAAGCGCAGCUUGAGCAAGGUGACAAGCCAGCUACUAGCUCUGUGGUAAUGACUGCUACGUCUAUUGGAGAAGAUGGCAUUCAUUUUCAGCACAUGGCCGCAACAAUGGGACAGCAUCUGGUGGUACAAAACUUUAAUAUUCAGAGUGAUAGUUCCGAUCUUGUGGGAGGAUACAAACCAGUGGAAAUUCACCUGCUCGCCCGUCCAUUGUACAUGACAUUUGUAGAUUUAUUCACAGGUACGUUUUUGCAAAAAAGUAACGCUCAAUUUCUGGACUUGGUGCGAACUGCGUUAGAACAGAAGGACUGGAAGAAACUUGUAAAGGGCAUGAAGAAAGUUAUUCAGAUGGCUGCUUCUAAAAUCAAAACCAGCCUAGGCGAAGGGGGCCAAGAUGCAUUGGAAAGUACUGGUAGAAAGAAAAUUUGUUCAACUGGUGCGUCGACGAGAAUGUUGGUAAGCCAAUGGGAUACCUUCGAGGUGGAAUUGAUGCGAUUUGAGCGGCAGAUAGAGCAAGCUGUGAAUUUCUGCUGCCUUUCUAUUUGUGGAGGGUGUUCUAGUGAAAGCAUUGCGAGAGGGUCAUUGGGUGCUGCUUGA